CCAAACCCACUCCGCAACCAACACACCAACACCACACUCCAAAAUGUUCCUCUUCGGCCUCGGGCGCCUCGUCUACGUCGCCGUCCUAAUAACAAAUGCAAUCGCAAUCCUAAGCGAAGACCGCUUCCUCGCCAGAAUCGGAUGGGGUCGCAGUCAAGCUGACCCUGCCUUCGGCACAUCAUACGACAGUACCAGUGUCAAGGCUAAAACGGUAGAUCUGAUCGCCAGUGUGCGGACUGUUAUGCGAAUACCCCUUAUCGUCAUAAACACUAUAAUUAUUGUAUAUUCGAUUAUCCUCGGUUGAGCGACUGGUGCCUUUGUUUUGAUUUCCUGCGGAGUAUUUUUUUUUUUUCUUGAUUGAU